CCCACACUGACAUCACAUACGGGCAUCCAGCUGCAGCUAUGGCUCCCUCCACCCCUCUCCUUCUCUUCUUCCUCUUCGCCUCUCUCGUUUCCCUCUCAUAUCCAAAGCCCUCAAACCAUUCUCUCUCCUUCUCUCUUACUUCUAUCCCUCUCUCUUCUCAUUCUAAAAACUCCCUUUUCUCCUCUUCUCUCGCCUCGCAGUUCAAGCAAAACCCAAAUACCAAAACCACGUCCUAUAACUACAGAUCUUCUUUCAAGUAUUCUAUGGCUUUGAUCGUUUCUCUGCCUAUUGGGACUCCGCCCCAGACCCAACAGAUGGUGUUGGACACCGGCAGCCAAUUGUCUUGGAUCCAGUGCAAAGUUCCUCCCAAGACUCCUCCCACCGCUUUUGACCCUUUGCUCUCUUCUUCCUUCUCUGUUCUGCCCUGCAACCACUCUCUCUGUAAACCACGAGUUCCCGAUUAUACCCUCCCCACCUCCUGCGACCAGAAUCGCCUCUGCCAUUACUCUUACUUCUACGCUGACGGCACCUACGCCGAGGGCAAUCUCGUCAGAGAAAAAUUCACAUUCUCCAGCUCCCAAACUACUCCUCCUUUGAUCCUCGGCUGCGCCACGGACUCCAGCGACACCCAGGGCAUUUUGGGAAUGAACCUUGGCCGGUUGUCCUUCUCCUCUCUCGCUAAGAUCUCCAAAUUCUCCUAUUGUGUCCCACCUCGCCGGAGCCAAUCCGGGUCAUCUCCGACCGGGUCCUUUUACCUGGGUCCGAACCCGAGUUCAGCCGGGUUUAAGUACGUGAAUCUCAUGACUUACCGUCAGAGUCAACGCAUGCCCAAUCUCGACCCUCUGGCCUACACUCUUCCAAUGCUAGGGAUCCGAAUCAAUGGGAAAAAGCUCAAUAUUUCCACGUCAGCGUUCCGAGCAGAUCCGAGUGGAGCAGGUCAGACCUUGAUCGAUUCGGGUACGUGGUUCACCUUCUUGGUGGACGAAGCCUACAGUAAAGUGAAGGAGGAGAUUGUGAAGCUAGCAGGGCCAAAAUUGAAGAAGGGGUACGUGUACGGUGGAUCCUUGGACAUGUGUUUUGAUGGGGACGCGAUGGUGAUCGGACGGAUGAUAGGCAACAUGGCGUUUGAGUUUGAGAAUGGGGUGGAAAUUGUGGUGGAAAGAGAGAAGAUGUUAGCCGACGUGGGGGGUGGAGUUCAGUGCCUGGGGAUCGGACGGUCAGAUUUGCUGGGAGUUGCGAGCAAUAUAAUCGGGAACUUUCAUCAGCAAGAUCUAUGGGUAGAGUUUGAUCUGGUGGGUCGCAGAGUGGGGUUUGGUAGGACCGAUUGUAGCAGAUCAGUAUAAAAAUAUCAGUACACUGAGUGGUGGAUUUGUAUACUAUACUCUAUAUGUAUGUAUGUAUGAUAUGAGUGAUGUAAAUACGAGGAUGAAGAAAUCGCGUAUGGGUGGGUCGAUUGAUUAUUUAUUUGUUAUUUUUAGUAGCUAAUGAAAUUAAAAUAAAACUUGGGUUGAAUAUGUAGUUAAA